UAUCUCUCUUCGUGCCGGUCCAGAGUGUCAUCUGCGGUUCAUGUGCGGCUCAUUUGAACUUUGACCAUGGACUUGGCCGCCUCGGAGAUGUUGUUCGAUCCGCAGAACCUAUACUACCCGCCAACCCCCGAGUACGACGGCUGCUCAUGGGGGCACCUACCUGUCAGCUCCUGCGAGACGCCCGUCGCCGGCUUCUUUAACGCAGGCUGGACCGUCACUGACCAACACAACCAGCCGUUCGUGCCAGAGUGCACGUCAGCUUAUCUAGCACCAAUUCCCCGGGACUCGCCAGACUCAGAAGUGGCAAAUUCGCCGAGCAGCAGACGAACCAAGGCACGCAACCAGCGCACAGCGUUCACCAAACAACAAAUCAGAGAUCUUGAGUCUGAAUUCGCGCGUUCGAAUUACCUGACCCGGCUGCGACGCUACGAAAUAGCAGUGGCGCUUGAUUUGACAGAAAAACAGGUCAAAGUGUGGUUCCAGAACCGCAGGAUGAAGUUCAAAAGAACAAAACCGAAAGUUACUCCAGUUUCCAACGUGCAGAAGUACGAAGAAGAGGGCUUCAACAAUGACUUCGCCUUUUGAAGAGAUACUUAUUUUUAGCUCACGGUUUCUGUAUUUUAGCCUUAAUUUUCUUGUACAGUAAAAUAAAAUAACAAGUUGUGUUUAUGUUGUGAUCUAAUUC